GAGGGGCUUUUGUGAGCGCCUUGGGAGGACCAGAGGAGGGAGUGCGGAGCCAGGUGUGCGGCCGCGGGGGUGUGUGCGCGCCCGAGUGUGCGCGUGUGUGCGCCGGAGCGGGAGGGAGCGCGCGUUAGAGAUUCUGCUGGCAUCGCAGCGUGGAGAGCAGGAGACAGGAGCGGGGCGCGCAGGGGCGCGCGGGUUGUUCCCGCGCACACGCCGCGCGCUCACACACACACACACACACGCCCUCUCUGCUUCGCUCGUUGCCGCCGCCACCAUCUCGGAGCCUGGUCCUGCGGAGCGGGAAUCGAGCCGGAGCGGGAACCAGAGCCAAGCCAAAUCGGGGGAUGCGGGCCAGGAACAGAGCUGCGCGCUGUCGGCGCGCCCGGGACGCCUCCUGUGCCCAUAGGCCCUGAGGUCCUGGUGCCCAAGAGCAAAGAGGGCGACUGAGUCAAGCUGGACCGGCCCCCCAGCCCAGGAGCACUCCCUAGACUCCUACCCGACCUGAGGUGUCUGCCAAGGAUCCCCGAGCCUGCUUGUGCCCCCAUGAGGGCUCCUGCUGUCACGUCCUGGCUGCCUUGAGUCUGUGGGGCCACGCAGCCUCCAGCUCACAUCUCCAGGGCUCUGGCCCUGUCCAGCCCCUGGACCCACUCCCAAGUCUGCUCCUCACCCCGGCCUGGGCCGAGGGGGCUCCUCAAGCUUCUGGACACGGUGGGGGACAACAGCAGUCACGUGCAUGCUGGGACUGCGACGGACAGGCUGCCGCUCCCGGGGCCCCCAGAGGCCCAAAUGUUUGCCCCCCGGAGCCGUCUGACCCAGGUGAGCAAGAGGAUGCUGGCAGGGGGCGUGAGGAGCAUGCCCAGCCCCCUCCUGGCCUGCUGGCAGCCCAUCCUCCUGCUGGUGCUGGGCUCGGUGCUGUCGGGCUCAGCCACAGGCUGCCCACCCCGCUGCGAGUGCUCCGCCCAGGACCGCGCUGUGCUCUGCCACCGCAAGCGCUUUGUGGCGGUGCCCGAGGGCAUCCCCACCGAGACUCGCCUGCUAGACCUGGGCAAGAACCGCAUCAAAACCCUCAACCAGGACGAGUUUGCCAGCUUUCCACACCUGGAGGAGCUAGAGCUCAACGAGAACAUCGUGAGUGCUGUGGAGCCCGGCGCCUUCAACAACCUCUUCAACCUCCGGACGCUGGGUCUCCGCAGCAAUCGCCUGAAGCUCAUCCCCCUGGGCGUCUUCACCGGCCUCAGCAACCUGACCAAGCUGGACAUCAGCGAGAAUAAGAUUGUCAUCCUGCUGGAUUACAUGUUCCAGGACCUGUACAACCUCAAGUCGCUGGAGGUUGGCGACAAUGACCUCGUCUACAUCUCCCACCGCGCCUUCAGCGGCCUCAACAGCCUGGAGCAGCUGACGCUGGAGAAGUGCAACCUGACCUCCAUCCCCACCGAGGCGCUGUCCCACCUGCACGGCCUCAUCGUCCUCCGGCUCCGGCACCUCAACAUCAACGCCAUCCGGGACUAUUCCUUCAAGAGGCUCUACCGGCUCAAGGUCCUGGAGAUCUCCUUCUGGCCCUACUUGGACACCAUGACCCCCAACUGCCUCUAUGGCCUCAACCUGACGUCCCUGUCCAUCACUCACUGCAACCUGACCGCCGUGCCCUACCUGGCCGUGCGCCAUCUGGUCUAUCUCCGCUUCCUCAACCUCUCCUACAACCCCAUCAGCACCAUUGAGGGCUCCAUGUUGCAUGAGCUGCUACGGCUGCAGGAGAUCCAGCUGGUGGGUGGGCAGCUGGCCGUGGUGGAGCCCUACGCCUUCCGUGGCCUCAACUACCUGCGUGUGCUCAACGUCUCCGGCAACCAGCUGACCACGCUGGAGGAGUCGGCCUUCCACUCGGUGGGCAACCUGGAGACCCUCAUCCUGGACUCCAACCCGCUGGCCUGCGACUGCCGGCUGCUGUGGGUUUUCCGGCGCCGCUGGAGGCUCAACUUCAACCGCCAGCAGCCCACGUGCGCCACGCCCGAGUUCGUCCAGGGCAAGGAGUUCAAGGACUUCCCCGACGUGCUCCUGCCCAACUACUUCACCUGCCGCCGCGCCCGCAUCCGGGACCGCAAGGCCCAGCAGGUGUUUGUGGAUGAGGGCCACACGGUGCAGUUUGUGUGCCGGGCGGACGGCGACCCGCCACCAGCCAUCCACUGGCUGUCGCCCCGCAAGCACCUGGUCUCGGCCAAGAGCAACGGGCGGCUCACGGUCUUCCCCGACGGCACGCUGGAGGUGCGCUACGCCCAAGUACAGGACAACGGCACAUACCUGUGCAUCGCGGCCAACGCGGGUGGCAAUGACUCCAUGCCCGCCCACCUGCACGUCCGCAGCUACUCGCCCGACUGGCCCCAUCAGCCCAACAAGACCUUCGCCUUCAUCUCCAACCAGCCGGGCGAGGGAGAGGCCAACAGCACCCGCGCCACCGUGCCUUUCCCCUUCGACAUCAAGACCCUCAUCAUCGCCACCACCAUGGGCUUCAUCUCUUUCCUGGGCGUCGUCCUCUUCUGCCUGGUGCUGCUGUUUCUGUGGAGCCGGGGCAAGGGCAACACGAAGCACAACAUCGAGAUCGAGUACGUGCCCCGCAAGUCGGACGCGGGCAUCAGCUCCGCCGACGCGCCCCGCAAGUUCAACAUGAAGAUGAUAUGAGGACGGGGUGGGGGGCGCAGGGACCCCCGGGCGCGCCGGGCAGGGGAAGGGGCCUGGCUGCUGCCCACUCACUCCCCGGUCCUUCCCGCCUCCUCCCUGCCCCUCCAGCACACUCUUUUUCUCCCUCCCACCCCGGCCCUGCUGCACCCCCGCCAGCAGCCCUCACCACCUGCCCCAUUUCUACCAGGACCUCCGCAGCCCAGGCCUGGGGACCCCACCUCCACGGGGGCGCACACUGACAGACUGGAGUCGGAAGCCCACGAACCAACACGCAGCACAGUCAAUAAUUCCAUUAAAAAAAAAGUUACGAACUUCCUCUGUAACUUGGGUUUCAAUAAUUAUGGAUUUUUAUGAAAACUUGAAAUAAUAAAAAGAGAAAAAAACACACAACUAUUUCCUAUAGCUAGUCGGAAUGCAAACUUUUGACGUCCUGAUUGCUCCAGGGCCCUCUUCCAACUCGGUUUCUUGUUUUUCUCUUCCUCCUCCGCCUCCUCCUCCUCCACCAAUUCUUCCUUCUUUCUCUUCUCUUCCCCUAUGGGGAGGGAUCUCUCAGGAAAACAGGAAAGGCGGUUCUGGCCCCACCCACCCACCCACGCUGUGAGGGUGGCCACCAGUUGCAGGCUGGGUGGCAGGUCCAGGCCCAGCUCUGGGCUGGCUGUUAACGGGGAGCAGGUGGAGGGGAUGGGCUGCCCCGUGGGGCAGGGCCUUCUCCCGGCUGCCGGGCAGCUCCACCGCUGGGGGCAGGGCCUGGGUCGGGUGUGGCUGAGACUGGAAGGUGCUGGGUCCUCCUGGAGGUCAGCACAGCCCGUGGAGAGAGCCGGGACCGAGGCAGGCCCGAGGCCUGGCUUCUGGUCCCAGCCCUGCCGCUGCCUCACUGAGUGGCCUCGAACAGGUCACCGGCCCUCCUUGGGCCUCAGUUUUCACAUCUGUACAAACGGGAACGUGACUCCCUGCCCUGCCUACCUCACAGGGCUGUUGUGAGGAAUUGAGAUGAUGUAUGUGAAACACUUUGUAACCUGUAAAGCGCUGUGCACAUG